AUGCCUUUGUGUCAUAUUCCAUUAAGGCUAAUAUAACGUUCAAAUUGAUUAACAUGAAGAUGGCAGAUGAUAUGCUCGUUCUCGUAUAUCAUCCUUUUAAGUUAUUUGUACUUUUUCUUCUCCGUUUUUAUUUAUGUAUAUGUUAUUUUUUGCUGACCUCGCUCUUGUCGGACUGCGUAGAAACAGAACUUGUGGUUGUGCUUGUCGUUGCACGACUUCGUUCCACAAUCACCAUGAGCGUGAUCACGUAGAGACAUAACUCUAAUCCGGAAUUUAUGCACUCUCAGUUUGAGCACCAGAUCGGGAAAAAGCCUUACUGCAUCCGCCCUCAUGCUUUGUAUGCUACCGGGAAUGCGAUGCUCAGCAGGGGCACAGAACGAGGCACACUAACAGCGGGAGAGGAUAGCGAAGAAAUGCUCGCCAGGCAGUUUUUGGCUGAGGAGAGCAAUGCAGAAGUUUCCGCUGUUCCCAGUACUAUGGCACUGAAGGCAUCGUACCUAGAUAGGUCUUUGCGGAUGAAGCAACAAGCAGGGAUCGAGCAUGGAGACCCGAUUGAACGAACAACAACCAGUCAGCAAGAUUCUCUGAGCACCCCUGUCCCAGGUCUCUAUCAUCCUGAUCGUAUAGCACCUCGCAUUUUCGUGGGAAGACUAGCGGGAUGGGCACGAGAGGGCGCACAAGCGAUGUUAGUGUUUUUCGAGAGUGCUGGGAAGAACAUUUUAGCAAAGCGCUGGAAGGGCCGCGAGAACGUACUUGAUGGGGGCGAGGACGAGCGAAAUGAGGGAGACGCUAUAAUUAGUAACACGCAUGAGGGCUUGAAUCCGGAUGAGAGAACGAACGGGAAACAGGGACAGCAGGAAGCCGAUGAGCCUUUGCGAUUUGUGUUUCUCGGUGUUUCAAAUCUUGCUGGUUUCACGCACGUGGAUGGUUACCCGACUGUAAUUGCGUAUCCAGCGCUGCGGCGGUUCACCGCCGCCGUGUAUUAUCCUUGGGACCUUGGAAUGUGCUUCUUUAAUGAGCUUUACUCCAUUGGAGUGCCCCUGUUUGUCCCUAGCGUCAACUACGCCACUGGGAUCAUUUGGAAGAUGCUACAGCACACGGACUAUGGUUGGUGGCAAGCUCGCAAAUUGCAUUUCGGGGAGGUCCCUGGACGCAGAUUGCCCACAUUGGCUAAGUACGAAAACAUUGUUGUGGCACACGACCAGCCUGUUAUUUCUACGUCUUUAUAUUCUGGAGAGUCGACUUCUCCGGCGACAAGGUCCUUAGGCAGCACACUCGCGCAAGCAGAAGAUGCGGAGGCGACAAAAUUGUCCAACGAUAAGGUCCGGAGAAAAGUGCAACAAAUAGAGCCACAACUGCUUCACCCUAGUGCCUCCGGACGUGUCCCUCUGCUAGUUACGCCUAGUGACCAAGACACUUUCGCACUCUGUGAAGGGGACGGCGGCCAGGAAGUGAAACAGGACUUCUGUCACGAGGAUAAGCAACACUAUCCAGAUGAUGGUAUAAUCUGGUCGGAUAAGUAUUUCGACGAAAAACCAGCAGUGCAGAUGGACAGAAUUUCCGAAACCUAUCCCACAACUAGGUCCCCACAAGAUGAAGAGGGAGAUGGAAUUUCCGAAUCUGGGACUACAUUCUCUUCAAGCAGGAGGAGGAUGACUUCCUUAUCUUCAAGCACAUCGGAAGCUGCGAACACGACGACGACUCUGGAGGGUCGCUACUUUGUCCCGAAUCGGGAAGAUAGACAAAUCAUUGCAAAACGAGUGGCUGCACACCGCAGAAACAAGCGACUGAAGGCGCAUCAGCAAAAUAUCGUAAUUGAUCUUCGCACAGCUGCGGGUAGCACCAAAGCAACCGUUCCCGCUUCAGGUACCAGCGCAGAAAGAGGCGAAGAUGACUAUGUAUCGACGACUAUUCCCGCGUUGGACGUGGAUCGUGAUCCUGUCGAUUCCUUGUGGUGGGAUGAAAACACGCCUUUUGAGGACAUCGCCUUCUGGUGGAGACACACAGACUUCGCUUUAUGGCCCGCCGUCGGACAUUUCGAAUCGAUUCCUGCGCUUAUGCACCAAGUCAAUACCGCGGACUUCGACCGAAUUAGCCUAGAAAUGCGAAGGUGGAAUGCCAAGACGCUACGCUGGAGCACGCAUUUGUAUCGAAAAUUAGUCAACAAUCUCAUUCUCACGCCAGCAGAGUCAGAGUCAGCGCAACACCAACUUAAGGAAUAUGCUAAUUGACUCUAUGAAAACUUUUCUGUGCAUCUCUGUCUUAGCCUUUAAAAGUAUGACUGAGAAGUACGCAUCGAGUAUUCUUAAAAAAUGAUGCAGAAGCUUAGAAGAUGAAUUUCUGGUAGAUCUAACCACCGGAGUUCCCACGCAAGCACACCUAACGAAGAUGACUGGGAUCGCCACUGCUACGUGUGAACGUGAAGGAACCUCUUUAGGAGAUGCGCUUUAUCCGAAUAGAUGAACUAGACGGGGCGGUUCACUCUUCAUCCUGCAAACUGAAGCGAAAAAAAGUCCAAGAAAGACAAAGCUACGACCGUGACUGUUUGCUUUAUUUCUUUGACGUCCAAAUUCAAUGUGGGUCGCUACUCUCCGUCAUCUAGUGCUUACGUGUUGGUUCCCAAAGACAAAACCGAUUUGGUCAGCUGCUGCAUUCAAUUUUGCUAUUUUGAAAUCUGUCAUAAUUUAGCAAGCAAGUGCAGAACUCAGUUUCAAACUAAGACAAAGCAAAUACUAAGUGUAAGUACGUUUCUCUUCUUAUCAAUUUAGAGAUCUCAAUAUCGACCCAAUCGCAGCCGUCGCCAACGGUAAAACCGCAAUGCGGUUCGAUUGAGCAUUGCUAUCCUCUUACUUAGCAACAAAUUGAAAUUUCCAGGUAGACUAACAAGGCACUUAGCUUAUUUCUAUGAUAGACGGGAUUGCUUGAGUGAGACGAACAAAAAAUUGAAAUUCCGACGUACUUUGAUAGGUUGGAGAACAACCUAAUAGAUACUGUGUUGGAAGUGUUGUAACUGGCAUACCAGCAGGUGGCGCGCAACAUGUAAGAUCCAAACUGUUGCUUUUUAUGAGAUCCGCGAUCACUUUAUUGGGCCCUCUUAUCCUUACCUAAAUGUAAAUGAUCCGGAUGAUUAUAAUGUAUGAUUGUCAUCAUGUUCUUUUCCCAACCAGAACCUGCAUACUUGUGAAGUAGUCAACUACAACUUGUG